AUGAGAGGCACUCUGGUAUUCUCGGGCACAUCGUGUCCGGCGCUCACCGGCAAGAUAUGUGAGAACCUGGGCAUGGCCCCGGCCGACGCCGUCCUGUCGCAGUUCUCCAAUGGCGAAACGAGCGUUCGGAUCCUGGCCAGCGUCCGUGACAAAGACGUCUUCGUCGUGCAGUCUGGUAGCCCUACCAUCAAUGACACUAUCAUGGAGUUGCUUAUCAUGAUCUCCGCCUGCAAAGGUGGCUCAGCCAACAAGAUCACUGCUGUCCUACCAUACUUUCCCUACAGUCGACAAUGCAAGAAGAAAACCCAUCGUGGUGCCAUCACCGCCCGAAUGCUUGCCAACUUGCUUCAUGUUGCAGGAGUCAAGCAUGUCAUCACUGUCGACCUCCACGCUUCACAGAUGCAGGGAUUCUUCAAGUGUCCUGUCGACAACCUCCAUGCCGAGCCUCUCAUCGCACGGUGGAUACGACUCAAUAUCCCGAACUGGCGGGAAGCCGUGGUCGUCUCCAAGAAUGCUGGAGGAACAAAGAGGGUCACCUCAUUGGCAGAUGCGCUGAAGCUCAACUUCGGCAUGGUUACUACAGACCGCAAGCGUGCCACCAACAUGACAGCGAGCAUGAUCAUGAACCAGCUCGACGGAUGGGAUAAUCCGCCGGCAUACGUCAACGGUGUUCAGCAUGCGAGGACGUCGUCUGAGGACCUUGAACCCGAAGUCAAUGGCUCGACGAGAUCGUUUCGGAACGCAACCAAUUCCCAAGGCUCUCCGAGACGCGCCGCCGCACCAUCGCUGCGCACUAACAGUGCAACGCGGUCUCCGUACACACGUGCCUUUCAUACUUCAUCGCAAGCUUCCCCAAUUGAAGAGGUUCUGGACGAGGAAGCGGAAGAGGAAGAGGAAGAAGAGGCACUGGAGUAUAAUGACCAACGCGCCCAAGAAGUCACCCAGGGACGGUGGAUACAGGGACACGUAGUGCCCGAUGACCAUCCUUCUCCAGAGCAGUCGGAAGCCGAUGGGAGUCAAUCCUAUCAAGGCGGCGAUGAUGAUCCUAUGGCAAUGUCCCGUGCUUCCUCUUUCUUUGUGCCCGCGCCGUCUGCCCUGGGUGGAACGGCCGAAGCUGAUGUAUCAUCAGACGAAGAAGAAGAAAAACUCCAAGAUCCGAGUCUCGAGCACAUGAUCACGCUAGUCGGCGAUGUUAAGGACCGCCCCGUCUUGAUCGUUGAUGACAUGAUCGAUAAGGCUGGCUCCUGGAUCGCUGCGGCCGAGACGGUCGUCAAGCGAGGCAAGGCCAAGAAGGUCUACUGCAUGGCAACCCAUGGCGUCUUUGGCGCCGAUUGCCUUGAGCGGCUCCAAGAAUGCGACUGCAUUGAUCAGAUCAUCGUAACCAACAGCUUCCCUAUCCCCGACAAGCGAGCCCGGAACGCGAGUAAGUUGGUUCAACUAGACCUCUCAUUCUUGCUGUCCGAAGCCAUUCGACGAAACCACUAUGGCGAGUCCAUCUCGCCCUUGUUCCAGCACAUGUUAGAUUAG